GAUCCAAAUUGGUCUGAAUUUUCAGAAAAGAGAUGCCGGGAUUGGACUAGUCGUUUAUUUGCUUUUAAAAUACGGAAUCUCUUCACAAGCAUAAAUACACAUCCCCUCCUCUCUACUGCUCUUGAGCUUUUUGGCAUUUCAUAAAGAGCUAAAAUUAUAACACGCUAUAUUUAGAAAGAUCAAUUUUACUAGAGGAAGAAGAGCAAAUAAAAAAGAAAGAUGGGGAGAGCUCCUUGCUGUGAGAAAAUGGGACUGAAGAAAGGGCCAUGGACUCCUCAAGAAGAUCAAAUUCUCAUUUCUUUCAUUCAAAAGAAUGGUCAUUCCAAUUGGCGAGCCCUUCCCAAACUAGCUGGACUAUUGAGAUGCGGGAAGAGUUGCAGACUGCGGUGGACGAAUUAUUUGCGUCCAGAUAUAAAGAGGGGAAACUUCACUAAGGAAGAAGAAGACACCAUAAUUCAGUUGCAUGAAAACCUGGGCAGUAGAUGGUCAGCAAUAGCAGCAAGAUUACCUGGAAGAACAGAUAACGAAAUAAAAAAUGUUUGGCACACCCACUUGAAGAAGAAGCUCAAAAAUUAUCAGCCUCCUCAGAAUUCCAAAAGACACCCCAAGAUUAAUCAUGAUUCCAAUAAAGGUCCUACUACUUCUGAUCAAUCCUCCAAUAAUUCUGAUUUUAGUACUACUGGUAGCAGUACUAACGCAGAAAAAGAACACAUUAAAGUUGCCCCUAACUCACCACAACUUUCAUCUAGUGAAAUGUCAACUGUGACAUUAGUUGAUGAUCAUCAAAUGGUGAAUAUUAAGGAAGAAAAAAUGGAAUCAUCAUCGGAUUAUUUUCCCGAGAUCAAUGAGAGUUUCUGGACGGACGAAUUGUCAAUGGAGAAUAACUAUGUUAUGGCUGCUGGUCAUGAUCAAGAAAUACAAGUUCAAUUUCCAUUAUGGUCCAGCGUGAGGGAAGAAAAUGUGGACAAGUUAACUACUAGUACGAAAAUGGAGGAGGACAUGGACUUUUGGUACAAUGUUUUCAUAAAGACUGGUGACUUACCAGAAAUAACAGAAUUUUGAGGGGUCGUAUUUUGAUUUUUCUGUAAAUCUGAGGUUAGUGAUGUUCUAGCUAAUAAUAGGUUGUAGGAAUUUUUGGAGUCGGCAAGUUUGAAACUUAAGCUUCAUGUUUGUUUCUUGACUAUUAUUUGGAGCGGACCCAAUAAAAAAAUUCCAAGUUGGAACCAUUAGCUAGGAUAUUUUGGGGUUAUUUUGAGUUUCUCUUUUACUAAGUUUUAGAGGGCAGAAGUGGAAGUGGAAGUGGAGUGGUUAUAUAUUUUGUAUUGGAGGACUUUAGCAAAGGAAAAUCAGAUUAGAGAAAAUUUGUUGGAAAAA